GGGCAGAGUAGCCCGCGGAAGGCGGAAGUGUGUCUGUCAGGGCGGCCGCGAAGCCGGGCUGAGGUGUCCCUAGUUGGCACCCCGCGGCUCUUCCGGGGUCUGGGCCGGGGGACACCAGGGUGGCCAGCGAGAACCAGCGGGUGACGAAGCCAUGAGGCGGCCGCGGGGCCUGGCGGGGUCUGGAGGUUGACUGCUCCCGCUGCCUUCCGCGAGGCCGCCUCCUCCAGGCAGCCACCCGCCCCUCUCAGGGUCUCGCGCCCCAGCGUCCUCCCGGCGCCUUGGACCGAGGCUCCGUGGCCCCCAGACCCCGCGCUAUGACCGCGGCCGCCGCCUCCAACUGGGGGCUGAUCACGAACAUAGUGAACAGCAUAGUAGGGGUCAGUGUCCUCACCAUGCCCUUCUGCUUCAAACAGUGUGGCAUCGUCCUGGGGGCCCUGCUCUUGGUCUUCUGCUCUUGGAUGACGCACCAAUCCUGCAUGUUCCUGGUGAAAUCCGCCAGCCUGAGCAAACGGAGGACCUACGCUGGCCUGGCGUUGCACGCCUACGGAAAAGCGGGGAAGAUGCUGGUGGAGACCAGCAUGAUCGGGCUGAUGCUGGGUACCUGCAUUGCCUUCUACGUUGUGAUUGGCGACUUGGGGUCCAACUUCUUUGCUCGGCUCUGUGGGUUGCAGGUGACGGGCACCCUGCGCGUGCUCCUGCUCUUCGCUGUGUGCCUGUGCAUCGUGCUCCCGCUCAGCUUGCAGAGGAACAUGAUGGCCUCCAUCCAGUCCUUCAGUGCCAUGGCCCUCAUCUUCUACACUGUCUUCAUGUUUGUGAUCGUGCUGUCCUCGCUCAAGCACGGCCUCUUCGGUGGGCAGUGGCUGCGGCAGGUCAGCUACAUCCGCUGGGAGGGCGUCUUCCGCUGCAUCCCCAUCUUCGGCAUGUCCUUCGCCUGCCAGUCCCAGGUCCUGCCCACCUACGACAGCCUGGACGAGCCAUCGGUGAAGGCCAUGAGCUCCGUCUUCGCCUCCUCCCUCAACGUGGUCACCACCUUCUACGUCGCGGUGGGGUUCUUUGGCUAUGUGAGCUUCGCGGAGGCCACAGCGGGCAACGUGCUCAUGCACUUCCCGUCCAACCUGGUGACGGAGAUGAUCCGCGUGGGCUUCAUGAUGUCGGUGGCCGUGGGCUUCCCCAUGAUGAUCCUGCCCUGCAGGCAGGCCUUGAACACGCUGCUUUUCGAGCAGCAGUGCGGCACUUGUACAGGUCUCCCUCAUGGGUGGCGUGGCUCCAGGAGCGAGGUUCGCCGCUGCAUCUCAGGGCAGAGUUGCGCUUGUCCCCGCAGCGGCCGUGACGAGCAGCCUGUGCCUCCCUGGUGUCUGUGGUUCCGCUCGCAGGUCCACCUUCAGGCGACCUGCCUGCGCCCGGAGCGGGCCUGCCCAAAAGAUGGGACCUUCGCCGCUGGAGGCUACAUGCCGCCCCUGCGGUUUAAAGCCCUCACCCUUUCGGUCGUGUUCGGAACCAUGUUCGGUGGAAUCAUGAUCCCAAAUGUGGAGACCAUCUUGGGCCUCACAGGCGCCACGAUGGGCAGCCUCAUCUGCUUCAUCUGCCCGGCGCUGAUCUCCAGGAAGGUCCACAAGAGCUCGCUGUCCUCCCAGGUGGUACUCUGGGUUGGCCUGGGCAUCCUGGUGGUCAGCACACAUACCACCCUGUCCGUGAACCAGGAAGGCCCUGUGGACUUGGCCGAGGGAGCCCCAGGCGACCAGCUUGGAGAGGCUGAGGGCGAGGUGAAGGCAGAGGCAGCCUGGCUCCCAGGCCAGAAGCCAGCUGUGGACGCGGCCGAGGACGGCCGGGAUAAGCCGAAGCUGCCCGAGGAGAAAGAGGAGAUGGAGCAGGCCCAGAUCAAGGGCCCUGUGAACGUGCCCCCGAGGGAGGACACCAAGGAGAAGCCGGAGGAGGUGCAGCUGGAUCGCCCCGGUCAAGGCGUUGCGGUACCUAUGGGCGAGGCCCACCGCCACGAACCCCCCGUCCCUCACGACAAGGUGGUGGUGGAUGAAGGUCAAGACCAAGAGGGACCGGAGAAUGAGCGUCCGUCCAAACAUGUGGAUGAAAGGGCUCUAGGGGGCAAGGGUCAGGUGGUGCCGCUCCCGCUGGAUUCAGAGAGAGAGAGACCCAGACGAGACCAGGCUUUGGAGGCAGCGGGCGGACUUCCUGAGGUUCCCCAGAAGGUUCCAGAAGAAAAUGGUCAGCCAGCCAUUGAGCCCGUGAAAGAGGAGCCCGUGGGGCCGGGCAACGGGGCUGUCCAUCCAGGGCCCCAGGCGGUGCUCCCUAAGGGGCAGGACAUCCCAGUGGCAGGUGCAGGGGACAGAGCGGACGGCGUCCCGCCGCUGGACCAUGCCAAGCCGGCAGAGAAGAGCGAGCCUGGUGGGCAGGCCCCCCUCCCAGAGGAGAAGCCGGCCCCAGGGGCAGGGCCGCAGGCAGAGCCCCGGGAGCAGAGGAAUGCAGAGGGACCUGGAGGGGACCACGCCGGCAGCAAGUUGGAGGAAGCUGGCCGGGUGGAGAUGCUGGACCAUGCUGUCCUGCUGCAGGUGAUAAAGGAACAGCAGGUGCAGCAGAAGCGCCUCCUGGACCAGCAGGAGAAGCUGCUGGCGGUGAUUGAAGAGCAGCACAAGGAGAUCCACCAGCAGAGGCAGGACGGCGGGGACAGCGAGGAUGUGGACGUGCAGCCCGAGCCCGGGGUCGCUGCGCCCAGAGGUAAGGAGCAGGAGGCCCACGACAUGGGAAUGGCUGAGCCCCCGGCCGCACCUCCCGGCGAUGCUGAGCUGGAGCCCCAGGCUGCCCAGGCCGAGCCGAGGGAAGGCAGGCGGGGCGCCGUGCCAGAGGCCGCGGGUGCUGGUGUGCAGGAGCGGGUCCCCGUGCCAGACCCUGCCAGGGUGCUCGGGAGCCUGGAGAAGCACGGUGCUGGAGGACUCCCUGGGCAGAGUCGGGACGUUUUCGGUGGAGUCUCCCAUGAAAGGAAGAAACCCGGAAAGGAGGCGGCAGCUACUGGCACGGACGUUCAAGAGGCAGACCCGCUGCGGGUGGGGGCGGCGACCGGGGGCCUGCAGGUGAAGUCCCAGCAGGUGAGCCAAGACCAGGCACCUGCAGGCCUGUCCAGCAGGCCAGGGGGAGCAGCCCCUUGGGCCCAGGCUGGGUUACAGCCGCCGGAACCCCGGGCCGUCUCUGCCACGGGUCAGGGCGGGCAGCAGGGUGGGCAUCCGGAGACGAGGAAGGAGACCCUCCGCAGGGACCACAGGCCCGCUCCCAGGGAGGACGCCGCCAUCCAAAAGACAGAGCGGAGGCCAGACCCUGAGCUCGGGCCCAAACCGGCCAUGCCCGGGGCUCAGAAGCUAGACAAUGCCAAACCCAAUCGGGACCUGAAAGUCCAGGCCGGCUCGGACCUUCGGAGGAGACGGCGGGACGUGGCUCCUCAGGCAGAGGGGGGCCCAGCCCUGAACGACGGGGUCGUCAUCAGCUUCAACCCCCUGCCCGAUGUGCAGGUCAGCGACCUCCGCAGCGCCCUGGAGGCCCAGCUGCACCAGGCUGCAGGCGGUGCCCUGCGGGUGGUCCAAGGCCGCCAGAUCAAACAGUUGCCCGGGGCCCUGGAGGAGCCCUGAGCCCAGCUAAGCGCCUGCUUCCGGUCAGCUGGUCUCGCUCGGCCUCACCCAGGCCGCCAGUGAACCUGGAAAUCCCGGAGGUCAGGCCGGGAGUGGAGUCUGACCGCUCUUGUGCUGCGGCCUCGCCUUCCAGACGAGCCCUGCCAUUGCUCCUGCAGUGACUUAGUCCACUUCAGCUGAGAGGAGAGACAGCCUCUUGGUGAGACCGUGAAGGUGUGGGUCUGCGUGUGGCCUUGAGGUCUGUGACCCACUACCUCCCGUGCAGCUGGGGAUCAGCCCGGAUUCCAGAUUGAGGUGCCCCCGCCUGUACUGGCCCCCAAGCUGCUGGGAGAAGCAGUCACCUGACCGCAGCUGUUGUGACUCCAAACGCUGCUUUAUCUGAGGCUCCCUGAGUGUCCUGCAAACCCUGAGUAAAUCUCUGCCCUCACCCCACCCACAGCGAGUGCUGCUUUGCCUCUGAGGGGCAGGGGGGCCCAGGAGUCCAGCCGCGUCUGCCCCACCCCACUCCCUGCUCUGCACACGCUCUGGUCUCCCAGCCAUGCUGUUGUGAGGUUUAAAAAACAAAACACACCGCUGACA